CUGCCUCCCCCCUCUCUCCCUCUCUCUCUCUCUCUCUCUCCCUCUCUGCUCCGGCACUGCAGUGCUGAUUGUGAUUGCACACACACUCACACACACUCACGCCAGCACACACACACGCACACACACACACACACACACACACACAGAGGAGCGUAGCUGAGAGGCAAGGACUGCAGCAGCAGCAGCAUGCACCAACCGCGGCUGAGCUGUUCGGGGACACGAGGAAGGGGAAGUGAGGAGAGAAAAUAGUGUAGCUGUCUCACAGCAGCCUGUGUGUGCAUCUUUGCAGCGGUGGGUACGAUGCAUUUCAAGAGCGGAUAGCUUAUGUUAUCCGGCCUCCUCUGCACUGCCUCUGCAUCCCAUUCACCCUGCUCCUCCCACUCCAACUCUUCCUCCUCCUCCUGUCUACAGCAUCAUUAGACAGGACUACAGAUUGACCGGGACUGGCGAGUGGUGGAUGGUCAGGUUUGCCCCGGCUGAAAGAUUCUUCUGUGGCUAUGCUACAUCUACACCUUCACUGAGGGCUGGAUUGUAAUCGACACUUGGAGGCUGAAGAUAACCAACAACCUGCGAGGAAUCUUGGAUGUGUGUGUCAUUCUUUACCAGUGUUGUCAUUGGCGCAUUUCCUCUAUUUCGCUGGUUGUUUUUGCCUUCUCUGAGACUGGCUAGCAGGCACUGCAGCAUCAGGACCGCAAGACCCAUGAAGCGGUAGGGCAUGAGGACCCAGGGGCGACCCAAAGGAAGGGCUUGAGUGCUUCCAUUGCUACCACUGCUGCUGAGCUGAGUGAUUGGGACAGCGGGUGGAAGAGAAGAUGCUUAUGGCCCGAGACACGGCGCGGGAUGAGGCUCAAAAGCUACACAGGAAGUGGCUGAAGCACCAGGCCUUUAUGGCGGAGCUGGCCCGCAAUAAAGAAUGGCUGGCCAAGAUAGAACAGGAGGGUCAGGAGCUGAUCCAGGAGAAGCCAGAGCUGCGUUCGGUCGUUCAGCAGAAGCUGGAGGAGAUCAGAGAGUGCUGGUCCGACCUGGAGAGCACGACCAAGGCCAAGGCCCGCCAGCUCUUCGAGAACAACAAGCCCGAGCCGGCCAUGAAGAGCUACUCGGACCUCGACAACCAGCUCUCCCACCUGGAGCAGCAGCCCCCCCAGCUGGAACAGGCGCACCACCUGCCCACCUUCAAUGAGCAGCUCCAGAAAUUCCAGGCUAUGGAGUCUCAGAUAGGGGACUUUUACAAGGAUGUGGGAGAGCUGGGGAGCUUGCAGGGGGUCUGCCUACCCCAGCGAGGGCUGAUGGCAGUUGACAAGGAGGGUGGCGAGCAGUCGGGCGUGGUGGAGACCCGCAUCGUCCGCCUCAUUGAGCCCCUGAAGGAGAGACGCCGCAUCCUAUUGGCUUCCAAAGAAAUGCACCAAGUCGCCCAAGACCUGGAGGAUGAGAUACUGUGGAUUCAGGAGAGGCUUCCCUUGGCCUCCUGUAAGGAUUAUGGGAAUAACCUCCAGAGUGUACAGCAGCAUGUAAAAAAGAACCAGACGCUUCAGAGGGAGCUGACAGGGCGGCGGGCGCGUGUCGAGGAGGUUCUGGACCGGGCGGGGAUUAUCGCCUCGCUGAGGACUCCCGAGGUGGAGUUUGUCCGCGAAGGGGCGGGGCACGUGCGCCAGCUGUGGGAGGUUUUGCAGCUGGAGACGGAGAGGAGGUCUGUGAUGCUGGACGCCGCGCUGCAGUCUCAGCAGUACUACAGCGAGGCGGCUAAAGUGGAGUCCUGGCUGUCUGGUCAGAAGCUCCAUCUGGUCAAUGAAGAAAAGGGCACGGACGAGGCAAGCACCCUGCAGUUGCUGAAGGCCCACCUGGCUCUGGAGCAGACAGUGGAAACAUAUGCAGAGACAGUAGGCAUGCUCUCCCAGCAGUGCCAGCAUCUACUGGAAGUUGGACACCCAGAAAGUGAGCAGAUCACCAAGCAGCAGUCCCACAUAGACCGGCUGUAUGUGUCUCUGAAGGACAUGGUGGAGCACAGGAAGACCAAGCUGGAGCAGCAGUACUGGCUCUAUCAGCUCAACAAGGAUGUGGAGGAGUUAGAGAAGUGGAUCACCGAGCGCGAGGCGGUGGCCAGUUCCACUGAGCUGGGCCAAGACCUGGAGGAUGUCACGGUGCUUCAGGAGAGAUUCACCAAGUUUGCCUCGGAAACCAACAGCGUCGGCCAGCAGCGCAUGGAGCAGGUGAACAAAAUGGUGAACGAGAUGAUCGACUGCGGCCACUCCGACGCGGCCACCAUCGCCGAGUGGAAGGACGGACUGAACGAGUCGUGGGCCGACCUCCUGGAGCUGAUGGAGACCCGCAGGCAGAUGCUGACGGCGUCGCACCAGCUGCACAAGUUCUUCACCGACUGCAAAGAGGUCUUGGCUCAGAUCGCGGGGAAGAUGAAGCAGCUGCCAGAGGUGAGGGCGUGCCAAGCCAACAUCACCAAUCCAGCUACCCUGCAGAGACUCAUGCACUCCUUCGAGCAUGCCCUUCAACUGCUAGUCGCACAGGUGAGGCAGCUGCAGGAGAACGCUGCCCAGUUGAGAACCAUCUACGCUGGUGAGAAAGCUGAAGCCAUCAUGGUCAAAGAGCAGGAGGUGAUGGAGGCGUGGAAGGAGCUGCUGAGCUCUUGCGAGGCCAGUCGCGUCCAGGUGACUUCGGUAACCGACAAGGUGCAGUUCUUCUCGGUAGUGCGUGAAAAUCUGAUGUGGAUGGAAGGCAUCAUGGGCCAGAUAGGAUGGGAUGAGCCCAGGGAUUUGACGGCUCUGGAGGUGAUGAUGAAACAACAUCAGGAGCUGAAAGCCAAAAUAGACGGCCGCAGCAAGACCAUACAGCAGUGUGCAGAUCUUGGCAAGAUCCUGAUAGCUGCAGGCAACCCCGCAUCGGAGGAGAUUAAAGAGAAGCUGGACAGCCUUCUGGCUAAGCAGAAGGAUCUUGUUGAGAAAUGGGACAAACACCAGGAAAAGUUACAGCGCAAGCAGGAAAGGUUCCAAUUUGCCCAGGAGACGGUAAAGGCGGAAGCCUGGCUGAAGGCCAAAGAGCCGCUGAUCACCUCCAAGGAGCCGGAGGGAGGAGCGGCCCAGCCCCAAACAGACGAGGUUGAACAGCUCAUCCUUCGCCAUGAGGCCUUCCGCAAGGCUGCUGUAACCUGGAAAGAACGCUUCAGCUCUCUCCGCCAGCUUUCCGCAGCUGAGAAGAAAAAAGAGGAGGAGAAAAAGACAACCCCGCUCUCCAGCCGAAGGAUGUUCCCAUUAUCUUGUCUGACUCCCAGUGUUCCCUCAACCAGUGCUACCUCGUCUUUCUUGAGGCAGACGGUACAGGCGAAUAUCGAACCCAAACCUUUACAGACCAGUCUGGAUCUGGGUGCCAUCCCUACGACCCAGAGAUUGUCCUCGACGCUCUCCAGCUACAACCCCGUCAUAAACGGAUCAGGCUACCACGGACUGGAACAGCAAAGCACUGGGAAGUUGGUGAGCACCCCGUACCUUGGGAUGAACAACCCGGCGGCCGGAGGCGGAAGCGACUCCGGUUUCUCGGCGCUGACCCAAAGCGGCGGAGCGGACACUUCGACUUAUCUCGGAAUGAACCAUCAAACUGCCGGCAGCGCUGAGAGCUCCGGGUACUUUGGAAUGACGACCGGGUGUGUGGGUAGUAUGCAAAACCAUCUAAGCAGUGGCAGGUUAGGAAGUUCAGGUAACCUAGCUCAGCAGCCAAGCAGUGGAAGUAUGGGGAACCCGGGCUUUCUGCCUCAACAGAAUAUGGGAAGUUCUGGAUAUUUGGCCCAAACACAAAAUAUGGGAAGUUCUGGAUACUUGGCACAACAGCCUAAUUUAGGGAGUACAGGAUAUUUGGCACAACCGCCUAAUAUGGGGAGCUCUGGGUAUUUGGCACAGCAGACCAAUAUGGGGAGUUCUGGGUAUUUGGCACAACAGCCUAAUAUGGGGAGUUCUGGGUAUUUGGCCCAACAGCCUAAUAUGGGGAGUUCUGGGUAUUUGGCACAGCAGCCUAACAUGGUGAGUUCUGCAUACCUAGCGCAGAAUUAUCAGGGCAGUGGGGGAAUGGGUAGCUCAGGCUAUCUCGCACAAAAUCACUUCAGCAGUGGAAGUCUGGGUAGUUCUGGUUAUCUCGCGCAGAGCGGUGGCAUCAUGGACCCUAAAAUGGCAUACGCGUGGCAGCACCUGAAAGCUGACUUCAUGCAGCCCAGGAUCAAUCACAUCCACAAAGCUGUAAACCCCCUUCUAGAAGCCAGUAGAGUGCAGCGGGAACAGUUUGGGGACAUCCCAAUGGCAGACAUGAUGGGGCCGGAGUCGGGGCUGGAGCUCCUCCACGGCCGUCUCCAGAGGGAUCCGCGUGGCAGCCGCUCCGACCCUCAGAUGGACCACCUGAGGCGAGAGAGGGAGUACAAGCUGGGUAGACAGACCUCCAGCGAACAGGAGAUCCAAGCCAGGCUGAACGAGCUGCCGCUGAUUGUGCGUCAGGAGCGCUAUCGGAGGCGCCUGGAGAGGCAGUCGUCCAGCGAACAGGAGGGGAGCAGCAAGCAGAGGCUGCAGAGGCAAGACUCGAGUGACGCCGAGGGCUCUGUUAAAGACGGCUCUGACAAACGCUCAGGGGACAAGAGAUCUACCAUGGCAGAGAUUGUAGAACAAGUCCAGGAGAGAGAAGCAGCAUCUGCACGAGGAGAACCUUACCGGCCUACUAGCAGCCUCUCAGCACCCGUGACUCGUUUUGAUGGACGCCCUCGUGCGCGAGACCGUCCCAAACCCAGGAGGAGGCCCCGUCCGAAAGAGCCCGAGGAGUCACGGCGUUCUCGCUCGGCUCCAGCUACCGGUGCCCCAACAACACCUCAGCCACCUUCACACACUGCCCAAAACGAAGGCCCCCUUUACCGCAAAAAGGCCACCAACUCUGACCUUGAAAAUCAGCAGAGAAGCCCGAACAGUAAGUCCUGGGUGAGCGUAUAUUGUGUGCUGAAAGAGGGAAUGCUGACCUUCUACAAGGAUGCAAGGAACCUGACCGUAACGUACAACGACGAGCCUCCCGUUGACCUUAGUAACUGCACAUUUGAUCCUACAAUGGGAUACAAGAAGAAGAAAAACGUCUUCAUUCUUAGAUUAAAAGAUGGAAACAACUUUGCAUUCCAUGCAAGAGACGAGGAGGACCUGAAGGCUUGGACUUCAAACAUCACCACCUGUAUAGCUGAGCAUGCGGCCAUGGUCAAGUGGGACAAGCCAGGAACCUCGUCCAUGGACCCCGACCACUCGGAGAGGAAGGAGAAGUCGGAGGGGGACGCGGAUGCCAGGUCAGAGAGGUCCGAGCCCCCCGAAGGGGAGGAGAGGUCCGAGAAGGAGAGGUCAGAGAAAGGCGAUGGCUCUGAGAAGUUAGACACGUCAGAAAUCGCCGACAAAAUGGAGGGCGGGGCGGGGGGCUCCAGCACGUCUGGAAAGAGCAAAUGAGGAGCGCCCCCCCUCCUUUUUUUUGUGUUUUAACAUUACUCACUGACUUAAAGGCGUAGGAGGCGGUGGGUAGGAGGGAUGGAUGGAGAGCAUGUGCAGCUAGGUUUGCAGAUCCUCAGUCACAGAGCUGGAACACACUGAGGUCACGGUCCUUGGACUGACUAUUGUUACUGUGACAGACUAAUCUCUCAGCCCCUCCCCUUCACCCAGGCAAUACAUCAGUGCUUGCAUUGUGCCACCUGCUUGGUAGAUAGGAGGUCGGCCCAGACAGACAGACAGACACAAGACAGACAGACAGACAGACAGACAGACUCCAAUAAGUGGUCCCAGGAAUUAGCCACUGUCACGUCCCAUCGUUGAUCGUUUAAUCUCUUGGAUUCACAGCAUCUUUCUGUAUGUAUCUUUGACUGAUAAUGUAAUGCUCUGUCUAGCUAGACAAAAAAACCCGAGAAGUGGUGAAUGAAAUGUUUCACAAUAUUACAACAACAAAAAAAAAA